CAUCCGGCGACGCGUUGCCCAUGUGAGAGCUGGAUAUAGCGCUGUGCAGUGGGAGAUGGCAGAGCUGCUGAGGCCGAGGCUGUGGCAGUGCCUGGAGUCAGUGGAUGCCCAUCCGGAGAAGCUGCUGAGUGUUCAAGCGGGCCUGGCUUCUGACUUUACAACUUUAACCAAAGCUCUGUAUGACCUGCAUAAAGCUGAAGGUGCUUUUAAGCUGGGAAGUCCUCUGAGUACACUGGUUAUUAAAAACUUUGAUGAAGAGCAGAUUUGGCAGCAGCUGGAGCUUCAGAACAAUGCAGUUCUCGGCCACUUCAAGAAGGCGGUCACCCAGACCGUGAAGGACAAGGACCUUUAUAUUUUCCAACAGUUGGAAGAGGAAGAAGACAGUGAGGAGGAGGAGGAAGAAGAUGAUGAUGUAUCUGAGAUUGACCAGGAGAAAGAAGUUUCAGAAGAUCCCCAAAAAAACGCUGAGGAUCAUGAAGAUAAAGGAAGAAAUGGUAAAUUACCACUUGCUAAAAAAUGUAAAAAGGCCACUGUGGAAAGGUACAGCGAUGAUGACUCGGAUAUGGACUUUGACAUUGACAAACUGGAAAGAGAACAGAAGAAACCCAGUCAGAAAGCUGCAAAAAGACCCACUGAAAAAUCCAUAGUGGAUGACAAGUUCUUUAAGUUGUCGGAAAUGGAAGCCUUUUUGGAGGCAGCUGAGAAAGAAGAUGAUGGGAAGAAAGAAGAAGAUGAUGAUGACGAGGAGGUGGAUUAUUUUGAAGAUAUUGAAUCAUAUGAUGACGAAGAUGACGAUGAAGAGGUUCAGAUCCAGAAAACAAGAAAGGAUGCUAAAAGUUCCAGAAACCUUCAAUACAAAGAUUUCUUUGAUCCUGUUGACGAGGAUGGAAUAGAACGACAUCGGAGUGGUCAGGAAGAUGAUGACCCUCAAGAUGAUGCAGAAGAAAUGGAGGAAGAUGACAUGGUUGACAAUGAUGUUGGUGAAGAGGAGGAUGCUGAAGAUGAUGAUGAGGAGUAUGUAAUGGAAGAAACAGAGGAGAGUGAAAAAGCCAAGGAAGCUUUCAAGCGGGUGACAUUUGAUCUGUCUGAUGGUAGUGAAGGAGAAGAUGUUUCUGAUAUACUUGGUGGUAAAAAGAAGGGUGGACAACUUCAGGAACCAAAUGAAUUGAAAUCAUCCUUUGAAAAGAGGGAACAGAAGAUGGCUGAGAAGAUUCAAACUUUGCAAAAACAAAUGUUGGAAGAGAAAUCUUGGCAAUUGACUGGGGAGGUGACUGCACAGAAGCGGCCAGAGAACAGUCUUCUAUCAGAGUCCUUGGUUUUUGACCACGCUGCCAGGAUGGCACCCGUCAUUACUGAAGAGACCACACUUCAAAUGGAAGACAUCAUCAAGCAAAGAAUAAAAGAUCAGGUGUGGGAUGACGUGGUGCGCAAAGAGAAGCCAAAGGAGGAUGCCUUUGAGUACAAGAAGCGACUCACCUUGGACCAUGAUAAGAGCAAACAGAGUCUGGCUGAAAUUUAUGAACAGGAGUAUCUGAAACUCAACCAGAAAAAAACUGAGGAAGAGGAAAACCCAAAGCACGUGGAAAUCCAGAAGUUAAUGGACAACCUCUUCCUGAAGCUAGAUGCUUUAUCAAACUUCCAUUUUACACCCAAACCGGUGGUUGCAGAAAUUAAAGUGGUUUCCAAUCUCCCUGCAAUUAGCGUGGAGGAGGUGGCGCCAGUAGGAGCGAGUGAGGCGGCUCUCUUGGCUCCAGAGGAGAUUAAAGAAAAGAACAAAGCUGGAGACAUUAAGACAAAUGCUGAAAAGACGGCCACGGACAAGAAGCGUGAGCGGAGAAAGAAGAAGGUCAUAAAGAGGAUGAAAAUAAAAGAAAGGGAGAAGAGGCAGAAGCUGUCAGAAAAGAGGAACGAGGAAAAGGGAAAGAAACAGAUCAAGAGAGAGGCAGAAGCCAGUCUGAAGAAGCUCACCAAGGAAGGAAAAGCCACGUUACUGAAGGAUGAAGGCAAGGGUAAGGCCUUGAAGUCUUCUCAGGCAUUCUUCUCCCAGCUGCAGGAUCAAGUUAAAUUACAGAUGAAAGGUGUCAAGGCUGCACAGAAGAAACCAAAGAAGAAUGAACUUUCCGCCCAUAAACUCAAGCUAUAGCCAAUGUUCAUCAUCUCUCCUUGGACUGUCAUAUUUAUGUUGGUUCAGAAGCUAUAAGUUGUCAGCAAUGGAGAGGUUCCCGUUUCUACCUUUUUGUAAAAAUAAAACUUCCCAGGUUGUAUGAACAGGUUGACGUCGGUUAGUACCUCAGGCGAUUUCUGCUGCCCGAUCAGACAGUAGGAGAGAAGCUGAGCUCUGGGAUAGGCUUAUAGAAUCUGAAGCAGGAUUUCUGAGUAAAUCCUGCUUUAAAUCACAUACACCUUAAUGGGGACAGGGGAGGAAGCCGCUGCCAAACACCUCUGCAGGCAGCUUAUCUCCUAAGUAUUAAUGGGUCAGCCGGUGAAAUUCAAUAUGGCUAUUCUUUCCUGACGUCAUCUGUCACUGGGCUCCCAUACUGAAGAUGGUUGGCCAAAAAUGUCAGAUUCAGCUGACUUUUCACAUCUGGAUAGGGGCUGCUAGGAAAGACACCGAGCCCUGAUUAUUUCACCAACACAGGGUAAUUGGCAGCUUUUCCUGCAUCAAUGUGGAUAUAGGGUGGCAAUAAUCCUAUGUGGGCAUGGAAAUCAGGAUGCCAACUGUCUCCCCUAGGAGUCCUGUCAGGAUUUACUGACGUAAGCUUCUAUAUCACAGAGCUCCGCUUCUCUCCCCCUGUCAUCUGCUACUCUUGGGGCAGCAGAGAGCACCUGACGGGUUUACUUUAUCUCCACAUUUCUUAAGAAAAAAAACUGUUCAUAUCUUCAAACUGAUAUACAAUAAAAACUGUAGUAAAUGAAAAAAA